AUGCUGGCAGAAGGUGGUAAAUGGCCGGGUGAAACCCAGAAAGCUCUGUUGGAUCAUGGCUCUGGUGAGGAAAUAGAAAUGCAAUGCCUCGGAGCGAGCAGCGCGGAAGAAACAACAGAGAGUGAGCAAGAGGGCAAUAAAUCACUCUGGUCGACGCUUUGGAGUGGGAAAUCUUCGAGUAUGCAGCAUCCACCAGCUGCAGAAGGGAACAGAGAAGAAGAAGAAGAAGAAAAAGAUACUUUCCUGGGACCUUCCACGUCUUCUGGUUCCGCAAGCAGUCAAGAUAGUGCAAGACACCGCGUAGAACACAAAACUCAUCUGUUCCUUGGAUAUUCACGUUCUCCGCAUUAUGAGAGACCCAACGAGUACUACGGUUUUCCACGAAUUGGCGGGGAAAAUGAGCAGUUGCGAGAUGCACUAACCAGUUUGCAAGAUUUUGCAUGGGAUCUUUGCCUCGCUCACACUGAACCGUCCACAAGGGUAUUCCAGGCCGAGGUUUUGCUGAAAAAUUGCAGCGGUAUCGCAGUAGUACAUAUACGGGUUGAAGAACAGCCAUUCGGCAGUAGGGGCCCGCUAGAUUUUCUCGUUGGAGAGGUCCAAUCUCUUUGGCGCGGGGUGGAUCAUCGCCAUUUUAGACGCGAUGUGGCUUGUGUAGUCGAAGAGAUGCUCGUGAAGGUGCUGGCUGAAGCUGAAGAGAGUGGAGACCAGGAAACAACUCGGCUGUGGUCUCUUAUUGAGAAGCCGAAGGGCGUGGGCACCACUGGCAAGGUUCUGCUUGAGGUCCAUGGCGAUGGUGCCGGGUAG